UUUGUAGAGACGCGGCGAACCUGCAACGUGUCAACUCCUUGUACUGUACGCGGCGAAUUGUCACUUCACCUUCCACCCAUUAUAUCCUUUUUCUUUCAUUAAAGAAAACAUCUUCGUUCUUAUCCUUUAAGCUUCUGACAAUAUAACAACUCAUCUUUCCACCUUGUCUGAAAAAAGCUCUCUUUGAUUUGUCCGUGCAUGUACGGAUCUUAGAUUUAAACUUCAUUACUGCAUUUAUGUUUUUGUAUGAGUUAUUUUUAGUUAGAAUUUGAGACUAAGAAAUUUAAAUUUGGGUAAGAGAUCAAUAAAUUUGAGACUAAGAAAUUUAAAUUUGGGUAAGAGAUCAAUAACUGCAACUUCAUUCGAUCAUUGAUGAUUUGGGGUUAUAUUGAUAAUUUUGUGGGGUUGAAAAAAGAACAAAUAAUGGUGAUCGGGAAAUUUAAGUUUUUUUCUUUGGAGGAAAGGGAGAAAUAUUGUGUGGGUGUAUUUGAUGAAGAAGAAAUGGAGGAACAUAGUGAAAAGUCACCACCAGCUGAGGAUGAUCACUGUCCUAUUUGUUUUGGGGACUUCACAAUUCCUUGCAGGACAAACUGUGGCCACUGGUUUUGUGCAUCUUGCAUAUUGCAGCUAUGGAAUUAUAGAUCAACAUUACAGCGGUGCAAAUGCCCCAUAUGCUGUCGUCCCAUCAGUAAGCUGGUUCCAGAGGAUUCUUUAGUUGUACAACAGGAAGAGGAUGGUGUUGAACUCCUUAAGAACAUUCGCCGAUACAAUCACCUAUAUGUAGGUGGUGCUUAUGGUGUGUUUCUGAAACUAGUUGCAUUGCCACUGCUAAUGCAGAGAAUUCUCCGGUCAUUGAUGAGCAAACUGAUGGAUCCUGAUCAUGUCAAGUUAAAUUGUUAUGUACUGCGCCUUUUUGCUUUAUUGCUGAGUUGGAUCUACAGCAGCUGGAAGUUUGAGUUUAUUCCUACUGGACGUCUGGGAAUAUGGAGACUACUUGACAUUUGUGCUAUGGCCUUUGUGGCCAUUUUCUAUUUGGCUGGCCUAUUCCAUAGAUGGAUACUUAGGCGUCAUGUGAGGUUAGCUGUUUUACAAGCUCAACCGAGUUAAAAGUCCAUGCUAUGAAUAGAUUUUGCAGUUUGAUAGUCGGAUAAUGAGCUUAUAUGCUGCGACAUGGACUUUGUGGAUUCAUGUAGCUGACCCCAGCUUGUUUGAGAUUGAGACGUAGUAGUAGAGUUGUUGUAGAGUUGAACAACGAUUAGAGCUAUUUAGCUUGCUGAAGAUGUUGUAUAGAAGGUCUGUUUAAAAAGAUGAAAGGAAUUAACUCCUACUGUAUAGGCCAUGGCAGUCACCCUCUGAGCUGCAGAUUAUAUGGAUUAGGUAUAAAGUAAUACAGAUGUAUGUUUUUGGGGGAAAAAACAAUCUUCAGCAUAAUGUGUUCCCUCUGCUUCUUCCAUAACUACUGAGCUUCAAGUAAAGGUUCUUUUUGUUCCA